AUGAGCAAGAAAAUGGAAAAUGUUCUAAAAAGGUGCGAAAUAGUGCGCCGACGUUUGAUGGUUCGUGGUGGUAUAAGAAGAACAGUGCAAGACAAUCAGCCAAAGUCAGUUGCUGAGACUUUGCGUGAAUCAAUUUUUAAUUCAUGCCUUGACAAAGACUAUAAUAAAAGCAUGAAGCUUAUAAGUCAGUACGAAAAAGAAAGUGUGGAGUAUUCAUCUCAGAUGAAAAUUAUUAAAGCAAUUUGUAUGAUAUUUUUGGAUAUCCAUAGGGAAGAAAUUAUGACGAUUUUAAGAAAUGUAAUCGGAAGAGACCCUGACGACAGUUUUGCUCUCUAUGCGACUGGGCUAUUCUACUAUAUGCAAUGUGAAUUGGAGAAAGCAUGCGAUUAUUUUAGAUCAGCUAUUGGGAAAAACUGUAAUGAACCGCUUAAUCAAGCACAACAUUAUUUGAAUAAUACGGAAACUAUACUGGAAUCGAUAAAAAAUGCAAAGCAUCAAUCAGAGUGUGGACAGUACCAUAAUGCCUUCAGCCAUAUCAAGCAGGCUACCGAAGUUGAUAUUGACAACGGAAAAUUGCAACAUAAAUUGACAAUGAUGAGUCAUCAUUACAAAGACUUCCUUGAAAUAAGCCUUGAAGCCAAUAAUGGAGAGAAUUCUACAAAAAUAUUCAAGAAAGUUGAGAGUUUAAUACUCGCUCAUGACAUGCCACACGCUAAAAAAUAUCUGAAAGUUCUUUCAGAAGGGCGAUCAAAAAACGGCGAAUAUUUUUACUUAAAUGCACUUUUUAACUACAAAAAUGGAGAGCUGAUGGAAGCCAAAGAUUCUUUAUUGAAAUGUGUUAAACUUUCGUUUUCUGAUCCAAAAGUUAUUGCUUUAAAACAAAAAAUCGAACAAUACAAUGACCUACUCAAGUCAGUUGCAUUGAAUAUGAAAGCAAAUCAGUAUAAAGAGGCUGUAGACAUUCUAACUAAUGCAAUUAGCAUUGAUAAAUAUAACCAUCCUUUAAAUCAAAUGAUUUAUCUUCAAAGAUCUCUUGCCUAUGCAGCUCUUAACGAUAUGGCUAAUUGCAAUCUCAAUAGAGUUUUAUUCGCGCAAGAACCUCAGUUUUAG